GGCCUUACGGGGGCUAGAUACGGCUAUGGGACACCCUACAUAUAAUUCAGAAAAAAUUCAUGUCGACCAUUUCGUUGGCAUCGAGCACACGUUGGACCCCUCCAAAGACAUUAUAGUUUAUGCCAGCGCGAGUGAGCCAAAUUGGACACCAAUGAAUCGCCUAUAUAAAAGAAGACUGGUUGGUCUGAAAGUUUCAUCUGGGGAAAUCUCUGGACGAGUCAACAUCACCAUAUGCUAUAUAACCGACAGCGUGGUGAAGUCGGGGAAGAAUGAACCUGGCAUGGCUCGGAAAAAAGCCUGCACCUUGCUGACACUCAUCACUCUGCUUGGCAUUACCUGGGGCCUGAUCUUCUUCUCAUUUGGCCACCUCACAAUUCCUGGCCUCUACAUCUUCAGCAUUCUGAACUCACUGCAAGGUUUCUUCAUUUUUGUCUAUUUCAUAUUGUCUUGGAAAAAGAUCAAAGACUCUGCUCAAAGCACAGACACACGUACCACUAACAGCUUACAGAAAUGCUAUAUAACCGACAGUGUGGUGAAGUCGGGGAAGAAUGAACCUGGCAUGAUUCGGAAAAAAGCGUGCACCUUGCUGACACUCAUCACUCUGCUUGGCAUUACCUGGGGCCUGAUCUUCUUCUCAUUUGGCCACCUCACAAUUCCUGGCCUCUACAUCUUCAGCAUUCUGAACUCACUG